AAGAGGAGAAGGAAGUGAAGGAAGUGAAAGGACCAAGUGAGGAGCAGGUGAAAGCACCGAUUGCUGCUCCUGAGCCCGAGCUUAAAACUGAGCCAGAUAUUGAACAGGCUGCUGAUCAGCACUCUAUAAGCAGCACAGAGGCGCAGCCAGCCCAAGAGGAACACAAGGAAGAGGCUAUGAUAAAAGAGCCUGAAGCAGUGGAAGAAGUGAAACAGGAGGACACGGAGAAAAUAGAGGAAGAACCAGCAGAAAAGGAAGAGCCAAUCAAAGAAGAGGAAAAGGAACAAAAGCAGGCAAAGAAAGAGAAGCCUGCAAAAGAAAAGACAGAAAAGAAGACUGAAGAGGUUAAAGGCUCUAAACGUCAGAAGACCAUGCAGUACAAAGUCACCCUGCUGGAUGACGCUCAGUUUGAGUGUGAACUUGAUAAACAUGCUAAAGGCCAAGAACUUCUUACAAAGGUGUGUGACCAUGUUAACCUCCUGGAGAAAGACUACUUUAGCCUGGCUCACUGGGAAACCCCAACCAGCAAGACAUGGUUGGAACCCACCAAAGAGAUACGGAAACAGGUUCCAGGUGCUGUCUAUGAGUUUACAUUCAACGUCAAGUUCUACCCUCCUGAUCCAGCUCAGCUUACUGAAGACCUAACCAGGUACUUUCUGUGUCUCCAGCUGAGAAAGGACAUUAUGCUUGGUGUUCUUCCCUGUUCCUUUGUCACACUGUCCCUGCUGGGCUCCUACACAGCCCAGUCAGAACUCGGAGAGUAUGACCCCGAGCUCCAUGGAACAGACUACGUUAAAGAUUUGAACCUGGCCCCCGGACAGAGCAAAGAGCUGGAGGAAAAAGUGAUGGAUCUGCACCGCACAUACAGAUCAAUGAGUCCAGCCCAGGCAGACCUGCUGUUUCUGGAAAAUGCUAAGAAGCUCGCCAUGUAUGGAGUUGACCUGCACCAAGCCAAGGAUCUGGACGGUGUUGAUAUAAUGCUGGGCGUUUGCUCCAGUGGUCUGAUGGUUUACAAAGACAAGCUGAGGAUCAACCGUUUCCCUUGGCCCAAAGUGCUCAAGAUCUCAUACAAACGGAGCAGCUUUUUUAUCAAAAUCAGGCCGUCAGAGCAAGAGCAGUAUGAAAGCACCAUUGGUUUCAAGCUGCCCAACUACAAAGCCUCAAAGAAGCUGUGGAAAGUUUGUGUUGAACAUCAUACCUUCUUCAGGGUUUCAACAGUGGAGCCGCCCUCUUCACGUCGCUUCCUCGCCUUGGGCUCUAAGUUCCGGUACAGCGGUCGUACUCAGGCCCAGACCCGCCAGGCGAGCUCCAUGAUCGACCGGCCGGCACCUCGCUUCACACGAUCUGCAAGCAAGAGGCUGUCUCGCAACCUAGAUGGAGAACCUGGAGAUGAAACUCUCCAGUUUCUGCAGGUAGUCUCGGCAUCAGCCAGGACUCAGGUUGAUGAUUGGUCACUGCUGAUGGUAUCUGAAAGACCCCAGCCUUCUUCCGAAUUCACAGCCGGAAGGGAGUUUGAGCAGAAUUUCACUCAGUCCUGGGAGAAGGAGGAGGGGCGUACUGUUGGCACGGAGACUGGGACUGCUGGUCCUCAAACCAUUAUCCAGACAGUCAGUCAGCCAUGGCAGGAUCUGGCGAGCGAUGACGAUCACCAGCAGAGGAGAACGGAAGAUGAAUGGUUUAUUCUUCUGGAUCAUCAGCCUCAUAUUCCAUUUAUCUCACCCUUUGAUUUUGUUGAAGAGCCAGCUGAAACUAGCUUGGCAAAAACGAGCUCUAUGGACCACCAACUGGAACCAGUGGUGAUAAAACAGGAUGACUGGUUCCUGUACUUUGACCGUCUGCUCAGCGUGUCUCCCUCUGAGCAUUUUGAAAAACUUCAACUCUCUACCACGGAGGGGGAGGAGGAGGAGCAGGUCAUAAGCGUGAAAGAACAGCAAAUGAUCACUGAGGAGAUGAUUGGGAGGAUGCGGGAAACAGUGAUGUUGGUGGAUGCAUUUACAGAGAAGGAAAUUUUGGAAGGAAGAUUGAGGGACGUGAGGGAUCUUGAGGAAAGGCUUCAAGAAAUUGAUGAAAUUGCAGGGAGAAUUCAGCAUGCAGUAGAGGAAGAACUGGGGGAGGAAGAGGUAGAAAAGCUAAAACAAGAAGAGAGAGACAUGGAGCCGAAACAGUUGAUCCAAGCCAAAGGUGUAACAGAAAUGGUGGUGAGGAAAUCUGUGAGGAGAAGAGUUAUAAAAGAGGGUGAAGAAGGCGAAGUGGACGAAUUGGAAGAACAAAUAAAAGAGGUGUUUUUAAAGGACUUGUUGCCUGAGGAGGAAGACAUCGUGGUGAAGCGGGAGAGCGAAAAACAAGUGGGCAAGAAAGUGGUAGAAGCGUUAAGGGAAGGAGAGAGCAAUUUGGAGCAGAGACAGUCAAUCCAAUCCAGGGGUAUAACGGACAUGGUGGUGAGGAAAUCUGUGCGGAGAAUAGAUAUAAGUGAGGGUGAAGUGGAUGACUUGGAAGAACAAAUAAAACGGGUGAAGUGGGAGGGUGAAGAAGACACAGACGAUAGCUUUAGAGAGAAACUGCGUGAAAUGGAACAGGAGUGGCAAGAUGCAGACGUCGCCGGCUCUGCUGAUGUAGCAGGAUACAAGAAGGUUCAGCAUAGAACUGAGAAGAUAGUGACUAUUGUACAAGAGAGGGGGCAGCAGCAGGAAGGCAUGGAAGACGUGCAGGGACAGUCUAGUGUUGCAUCAGAGGAGAUGUUAGAAAGACAGGAACUGUGGCGUAAGACAGAAGUGGUGGAGGAGAGGCCACAGAGGGAGGUUCCAGAGAGGUCAGAAGGUCUGUCUCAGGCGAGAGUUGAUGAUGUUUGGUUCAUACUUUUAGAUCAGCCUCCACACAAAGCUGGUUUCAAAACACCAGUUGCCGAUGUGGAACGUGUUCAAGUGGACAAGGGUGGUCAUUUCAACCCCGAGAAAGAAAAACCACAUAUCAGCGUUGAACGGGUUGAUGACUGGUUUGUGUUGCUGGAUUUUAUUCCCCGACAAAAGCUUUUUGGGCCAUCAGUUACUCACAUGGAAGAGAGGAAAGAAAUAGCAAUCGAAGACGGAUCGAGAUUUAUAGGAGAAAAGCUACAACACCAAGUGUCAGACAAAGUUGAUGAUUGGUUUGUGUUACUGGAUGUUUUUUCAAGACAAACGUCACACGCACCACCAGUCACCUUUUCAGAGCGAAUUGCUGCUCACCCAGAGGAACGUGCCUCUCUGAUUGAAGUAACAGCUCUUGAGCAGAGAGAAAGAAGAUUUGACAUUUUGGUUGAAGGUGCUGACGCAAAACAAAUGCUGCCAGAAAGGGAGGGGGUAGCACUUCUACAGGAUGUGAAAGAGCGAGAAGAUGACUGGUUUGUGCUGCUGGAUGUUCCCAUUAGGCCGCCCUCAUUUGUGGCACCAGCUUCCAUGGCUGAGUAUGUUGAGGUUUACACCAGAGAGAGUGUUUCUGCCUUGACUGAAGCAGAGGCUGUUGAUCCCAGGCGGGAGCUUGUAGUUGAGGAUGCUGUUGUGGAGAAAGUGGAAGCAGUGGCUCCCAAGCAAGUUUCUAUGUCGAUGCAGACUAAAAUCUAUCCAGAUGUUUCAACUGAAGUGAAAAGUAUAGAGCAGAGAUUGCUUCAGAUUGACCAGGUUACACCACAGCCUCCCCAGCCAGAGAGAGAGGAUGACUGGUUUGCUCUGUUUGGUACUGCACGUGAUGAAGUCAUGAUACCAACAGUGACUCCAGCUCAGAUCGUUCCAGAAAUGAAGACUUUUGAGGUUGAGGUGACCGAAAAAUGGAAGAAGACAGUAAUUGGUGCGGACGGCGGGCAAGACGGGACAAGUGUGUCUGAAAUUAGAGCGAGCCAAAUUGCCUCCCUCUCUGAGAGAGAAGAUGAUUGGUUUGUCCUGUUUGAAAAGCCUGUGGUCGUACAACCAGUCAAACCUAUUAUUGAUCUAGUGGCAACCACUGAAGCAAGAGUGAAGAUCGUGGAAGGUGUGAGGCCACCUGUGGAGAUGGUGAAGAUUGAAAUGGCAAGAGCAGGAAAAGUGGACGAUGAUUGGUUUGUGCUGCUGGAUGUAGCAGCAAAAGCACCAGCGGCUGGGGUGGAACGCAUCCAUAUAUAUCCUGAUGUAAGACCUGCUAAAGAGCUUACACUCACAGAGCAGACAGCACAGCAGACAAUUACAGUAGUGGAGAGAAUACGGCAGCAGCAGCAGCAGGAUGUGGUGCAGACACGUCCAGCAGUGAGACAGGUGGAAGAUGAUUGGUUUACUCUUCUGGAUAAGUCCCUUAAGAAAUCAGCCGCUGUCUCGGAGCGCGAGCAGCUCCCAGCACAGGUCACAGUUCCUGCUCGUGCCGCGGCCACGAAAAAGAUUACGAUUUCUGAGACGAGACCGGGGUUUGAGAAACGGAUCCUGGAAGAAAGACCCUCGCAAACACGUGUCAGUGAUAAUUGGUUUGUUCUACUCGAGGGUGACCUCAAAGCGUCAGCUGCGAGCGCCCAGAGGGGCACGCGCCCUGUCAGUGCUCCGGUCUUCUCCCAGGCUGCUCUGAUGGAGGCAGGAAUCCCCAUGGCCACUCUCGACCAGCCCCAGACCUCCACUCCAAUCAAAACCAGCCGCCAGGAGGAACGGAAGCUGCAGGUCACCGUAGAAGCCGUGGAGCCCUCAAAAAUCGAAGCCGGGGCUGACGCCAAGCCAGCAGUGUGGAGGGACCAGAGAGAACUAGACUCAUCACUGAUAUCCACCAUGAAUGGGGACAUCCAGCACGAGUCUGAGACGACGAGCACGGAGGUGGUGCGAAUGCGAAAGAAAAGAGCUAAGAAAAUUGAGGGUGACUCAAUAUACAUCAGACAUAGCCAAUUAAUGUUGGAGGAUUUCGAUAAGCCUCAGGAGGUGCUGCUCAGGCAUCACGCCAGCAUCAGUGAGCUGAAGAGAAACUUCAUGGAGGCGGUCCCAGAUCACAAGCCAAGUGAGUGGGACAAGCGCCUGUCCACACACUCUCCCUUCCGCACCCUGGGAAUCAACGGUCAGCCUCUGCCCAGCGCGGAUGGGAGUGUGUGCAUUAGACCCCUAAGCAAUGGUUCAGACACAAAGACUGCACAUGAGGAAACCAGCAGUAGUUUGGAAUUUACAGACCUACCUAUCAAGAGCGAGCCCGAGAGUGUCGAAGUCCACAGCGCUACUGUUGAGAAAGAGUUACGUGAUCAGGAAGAGGUUGUAGUGUUUGAGACGAACUUGGUGCCAAUCGUAGAGGUGGAAAUGGCACAGCUGCCUCCUUCCUUUGAUCCCUCCUGUAAUGCUUUAGAAGUGAUCCCGGAAGAAGAAAGAUCGUGUCCCGGAGUGUCGGCUGACUCUGGGAGGAUAGCUGGAUCUUCCCCAGCUUCCUAUUUCUGGAGCGAUGGUCCACAGGUCAUGCGCUGUUUCCAGCCCCCUCUGGUGCAGACGCAGACUGUCACCAUCACAGCCGUCUCCAGCCCCUUACCCAGUGGCAUCUCCACCACAGAGGUCCCUAUCAUCCCGACUAGGACCUUCACCUAUGAGUCUUCAAAGGUGACCGUUGAUGGGACAGAGGAGGACAAAGAUUGCUCAACAGUAUCCAGUUCCCAGACCAUUACCUCAGAGACCACCAGUGGCACCUCAGUGACGACUACCACCACUCACAUCUCAAAGGUAGUAAAAAGUGGAUCUUCAGAAACUCGCGUGGAGAAGAGAAUUGUCAUAACCGCAGACUCUGACAUCGACCAAGAUAAGGAGAAGCACAGCGGAGCAUCAGCAUUGUAACUGAACCACACCUUGUUCCUUUGACCAAUCACCUCCGAUAUCCCCAGCACUCAACACACAGUGACCAGCUGUACUUGCGCACACAUAUCUUAAAAAACAGGGAAAAAAACCCACUCAUAACUCUGCAGCUAAAAUGAUUGAUAACAGCAUAUAUUAAUUCCUAAUAGUCUGUUUGUUUUCAGUUUUUGUAUUUUUUUUUCAGGCUGUUCAUUGUAGGCAGAGCUGCACAGUCCUCAGAUUAUCCUAGUGUUGUAAAAGUUUAGCGAGUACACGUUUAUUGGUUAAAUCCCAGCAUUUGCAGUUGUGUGAUCUCAAGUUAGGUUUGCUUUUAAAUACUUUUUUUUCCUAGUGGUUUUUACAUUGUUGAUUUUAUACAAAUUUACUGUUUCCAUUAUAGUUUAGAUGCCAUUAUCAGCAUUUCUUCCCACGGUGCUGCUAGGGGAACGUUAAGACCACAUUCAAGGGAACUCUUUUUUUUCUUUUUUUUUCUUGUUGUUUACUUGUCUAUUUAAUUCAGGAGAGACUUUUUAUUUUAAUGAAAUGACAUACCUCACAUCUCUAUGUGGACAAAGAUAUUUUCUGCUCAAAUUUGGACAGUUUGUUCACGUCUCAGGUACAAAAAUAAAGAAAGAAAUAAAAAAAAACAAGUUAAUAUUUUCUUCCCCAACCAGCUUAAGAACCAGUAGCCUACAUAUUCUUGUAAAGUUUGAAUUUUUAAAAAAUCGAUCUAUUUUGAAAUAUUUCUCUAUUUUAUAGAAGUAAUGCUUUUUAUAGUAUUUGUACAAAUGUGAGGUUUUUAAGUUAUUCAUAUCUGCUCAUGAAAAUGUAGGUUACCAUUUGUGCUGUUUUACUGAAUUUUGAGGUCUCUAUUUAAGACUCGUCUUGCCUGAAUCACCCUGAAUCAUUCUUAUUCGUUUCCUCUCGUAGUCCACCAAGUACAUCCGACUUUACAGAACUCACAGAUAACAGUGGAGAUUUACUCAGCUCUGUUUUUGUUCAUUUUAAUAGAAGUCCUACCUGCUUUGAACAUAUUUGGUUGAUAUGAAAAGUUUUUACAGGUUUUUGGUCUGUUUAUCUCAGGUUUUGAUAUUCUUUGUAAGACUACAGACCUCCGUAUGAUUGUAUGAGGAAUGUCCAUGUAUUUAUUAUCCACCUCUAUUGUAAAUGUACAUGUAUGUUCAGUCAAGUGAGGUCAAUAAAUAUAAAAGCUUGUCUGUCACAAUAGCCACACAUGUAAGCCAUGAAGGCAGCUGCCCGAUAAAUGUGGCUUUUCCUCUCACGGGAGCACAUGUUGUCUUUUUUUUUUUUUUCUUUCUACGUGUUCUACUAUACAGUAAUUUAUUUGUUAAGUAGGAACUGUUUCAUGUGACUUGAUGUAUUGUGAUGUUUCACCACAAGCUGGUUUCCAGGCUUCCACCAUGUUAAAUACUACAUUCAUAAUCAACCAAGUUUGUAAAGCCUUUUUAACCACGUAGUCUGAGUAGGUUGCUCUCACUUGCUGUUUUUCCUGUACUUUUUCAUAGAGAAGAAAACAUACGAAUCUUUUCUAGAUAGCAUGUUUGGUAGCAUUUUUUUUUUUUAAACAAAAAAAAAAAAAAAAAGCCAUUGCUAUUAUAGCUAAAACUCAAUCACAUCUGCAUUUUUCCUCCCUCGAUAAAAAAGUAGUUUCACAUUAAGAAAAAAAUAGUUUUUAGAAAAUAUUGUUGCUUUGUGACUUAUCCCUGUCUUUUUAUGGAAAAUAAAAUAAGCAUUAUUUUG